AUGGUGAAGAACCUACGAUCUCAGGCUGCGGGGCCUUUCUAUGCCUUGCUUGGUUUCUUGAUAUUUCCAUUUCUAUGGAGUAUUCCCGAGGCUCUAAUCACUGCUGAGCUCUCUACCGCUUAUUCGGCAAUGAAGGUUUUGUUAUAUGGGCUGAAAGGGCUUUUGGUCCUUUCUUUGGAUCCUCGAUGGGCUGGUGAAGUGGAUUCGCCCCAAAACGUUUCCUAUGGCUUUACUUGUGGUUGUGAUCUUCACUUACUUGUUUUCUUGGUAAGUGGUUUGAUGAUCGUGGGAGCUAUUGGAUUUUUCUUCUUUGUGAAGUUUUGCAAGUCCAAGGAGUUGUCCAAGUUUAUUAGUGGUAAAACCAUUGAAGAUCGAUGUAAAAGAGAAGGUUAUUGUGUUGUUGAAUUGGUCAUGAAUGAAUUUGACAUGGAAUGCUGUGGACUCGAGGUUCUCAACGAGCAACAUGUCGCUUGGCAUUGGAAGAUUCACAUAAGAUCUUAA